GGCGUACACGUUCAUCAGUAAAGAGGAGCAACCUCACAUAACAAACACCCACCUUGUUCUUCACACCCCGCUACCAUGUCUUACAACAACGAUAACGACAACUCCUACGGGUCCGGAAACAACGACUCGUACGGUUCUGGAAACAAUAACCGAUCCAACAACGACAACUCGUACGGGUCUGGUAACACGGACACGUACGGUUCCCGUAAUACCUCAUCCAACAACGAUUCCUACGGGUCUGGUAACACAGACACUCGUAACAACAACUCUUCCUCCAACGACACCUACGGGUCUACCAAAUCGGACUCAUACGGCUCCUCUACCACCGCCGGCGGCAACGACUCUGGCUAUGGAGGAUCGCGGAAUGACGAUUCGUACGGGUCGGGCAACCGUGGUUCCAACGAUGACAGCUACGGUUCGAGCAACCGCGGCUCCAACGACGAUAGUUAUGGGUCGGGAGGCGCUAAGCGUGGUGAGAGCGGAGGAUAUGGAGGCAGCGACAGCUAUGGGUCGAGCAACGAUCGUUCCACCACCACCAAUACCUCCGGAGGGAACGACCGCUCUGACUCGUAUGGGUCCGGUAACAAUGAUUCGUACGGAUCCAAGUCCUCUGGCAACGAUUCGUAUGGUUCCGGGAACAACACCAGUUCGUACGGGUCGAGCGGCAAGGAUGAUUCAUAUGGGUCGGGUAACAAGGACAGCUCGUAUGGGUCGGGUAACACCGCUAGUUCGUACGGCUCCGGCAACAAGGAUAGCUCGUAUGGGUCCGGCAACAAAGACACCUCCUACGGCUCCGGCAACGACAACGACAACUCGUACGGCUCGUCCGGCAACAAGUCAUCCUCUAACCAGAGCGGUACUACCGGUGGAAAUGACUGGGUAGACAAAGGGGUAUCGUAUGCCGCGCAGAAAGCUGGUUACAACCUUGACUCGGACACGGCGAACAAAGUCGGUGACGGUCUCCGCGAGGGCUUCUCCAAGUUGAGCGGUGGAAAGUUCUAAAAACAACAUAAGGAAUCCAUGAGACGCAUAAACGUAAAUCUGAUAACUGGGAAUUUCAUAUAAAUCAUGUACAAAUUAUUCGCGAGAAUUGUUUAUUUAACUAAAACGUAUACAUAC